AAUCGUCGGCAGUUGCGCACCUCACACCUCUUUGUUACCCUUUUGACGACCUUGAAUCUCUACCAUCCAACCUCAUAAGCACUACGCAUUUCUUUCCUUUCUUUUCUGACAUCAGUCUUUGCUCUCUAGUCCUAUUCCUUAUGCGGCAGCUUCUCUUGAUCUCCUGAGCCCAAUUGGAAUCGCGAAUUAUAACCAGCUCAUAUACUUCAACACCUUGCUCUACCUGUGGUAUUCUUCCGCUACCACAUCCCUUCAACGUCACACGAAUUACGGCUCUUCAUCUUCAUCUACUUCCAUGUCCGACGUACGCUCUCUUUUGCGGCAACAGCGCGCCGCUCGCCGUAUCGAACACCCAUAUGCCGCCUACUCUGAUGCAGGCAAACUUCUAUGCACCCUCUGUCACGAGCACAUCAAAACCGAGUCGUUAUGGGACUCACAUGUCCGAGGAGAGGCACACAAAACUCGUUUAAUAAAAGCUCAAACAGCAUCACCGGCCAACGCUCGAACUUCACAACAACAGACUUCACAAAAACGGAAACACGACGAUAACGAGGAAGCUAUCGACGAUAAAGACGGAGAUGUCGAAAUGGACGAUGGCAGGCGGAAACGAAAUAAGACGGAUGGAGUGGAUGGAGAUGGAGAUAAGGAUAACAAGGAUCAGACUUUGACACCACCUCGAUUGACUAGGAGGACGUCGACCACGCCGUCACAAGGGGUAGAGAUCCAAAUCCCAUCGAGACCAGCAACACCAGCCCAUCGAGAUGGCUCUUCCGCUUCUACCCCUGGAGGUCAGCUUAAUAACUUGACCUCACAAUCUGCAACUGCAUCGCUCCCCUCACGCCAGGCCAGUAGCCUGACUACAGACGAGCGCCUUACAUCUGCUGCUGCUGCAGCAGCAGCAGCAGUUGAUGAAGCAGAAUGGGCAGCCUUCGAGGCCGAUAUUGCUGCUACAACAGCCACAUACGAUGAAGACGCGACUAUAUCAGCCCCAGCCAUGACAGCAGAGGAAGUUGCGGCCGCCGAUGCCCAGAAGGAGGAGGAGGCCGGGAAGCGACGCGCUCAAGCUGAUGUCGAUCUCGAAGACGAAAAGGAGGAAGCAACCCGUGCGCUUGAAGAGGAGUUUGAAGAAAUGGAAGAGCUCGAAGCUCGCGUGAAGCGGUUAAAGGACAAGAGGGAAGCCCUACGGAAACGUGGUGAAAGCUUCAGCCAAGAAAAUGGCACUGAAAAACCUACAAGCUUGGGCAAAGAAAAUCUGGACACGCCAGCUAUUGAAGAGAAGGAUGAGGACGACGAUGAGGAGGACGACGAAGAAGAUGAUGAUUGGGAUGGCUUCAGGUUUCGGACAGCCUGAGCAAAGGGACUUCGUGCAUAGCCAUGCAUGAUAGAAAGAUACCACUCGUGAGGGGCUCGCCGAUCGCCUUCACAUGGCCUAGUACUCAUAACGGAGUUCGUCGAUUUUGUAACAUCACCACAUCGUACAUAAUGUAUCAUACAAGUAAUCCUGCCGACAGUACGAAAGCCGCUAGUACCGCUGACGUCUCCCUGCCAGAACUGUGACCAAUACAGAACCGCACUAUAGUGGUCCUUCAAGCAUGAUUGCACACGCAGCCUUACAACGAUUCACCUCAUAGAAGUUGAUAUCACUGACUUACCAAGCACUGUCUCGCUCCUCGCCACGACUAACUCUUUCCCAAAACCUACGGAGGCGCCACACGCGUCCUAUGCCGCGGCUCUCCUCCCAUUUUCUUACGCCAUCUUGGCGCUCUUUGACUUCACGCUUCCAUCUCGAUGCAAUCCACUGUCGCAACCCGUCCUUAACUCUCUCUUUCUCGAUUGCCUUCUUCUUGGCAACAAUUGCUGGUGCCACAUGCACUGACGCCAUACCAGGCACGCACUCUUUGGGUAAAACAGAACGCUCAACCAGAGCCGCGGCUGAGGGUCUGGCUGCUAAGCGGCGAGACAAUCGGAUUGAGACCAAGGAUCUGGCUAACUUUCGUGAAACUAUGGAAGUAUGUGUCAUGAAGAUAGAACGCGCAAUGAGAUCAGCCAGUGUUGGACGAGAUGGUGACGAUAGGCGUGAUGGAAGGUUAAUUCGGGCUCGCUGAAGCCGAUAAUGGUGUAAAAUAGGGGCUUGAGAGAUAUCGCGAAGGAGAUGGCUCGUCUAACUCUGUAUCAGUCUGUGUUCCCAAGGCCUCGAGCUGUCGGGACCAAUUCAAGGUCUCAUGAAUGAUCCCGGGAUGUCAAUAGGAAGGUAGACUUUAUUCUUGCUAACGGAAACCCAUAAUGUGAAACAAAACCUCGUUUGGCAGGUCCUCGAGGGAGGGAGAAAGGAGGAGGGCACUUUGCAGUCUGGUACAACCGACAGCGCUUGUCCUAAGCGAUGAGCCUGGGCAAACGUCACCAGCCGUAAAGGUCAGGCAGGCUACCUCUUGCGGGACGCUGGGGGCGAUUGGGCUGGCUGCAGAUCGGGCAUCAGUGGUCACGAACAUCGCAGGGUAGGAUCUGUUGACAUCCUCGCCCGGAGCUAAACAGCCAGCGUUCUCAAGACGGGGUGAAGCGAACGACAGCCGAUGUACCUGUGAGGUGAGCUGUUCAGGCGAUGUGGCAACAGGCUUCAUGACGAUCUAAGUGAUUACCCUCGGCGCUAUUUGCAGCAAAGGGUACUGCGAAAGGGUGUGAGGAUGGGGGUAUUGGUAUAAUGCGUCAACCCAGCAGGCCCGAAGUCCGCGAAGGUCCGGCAAGACGGCAGAACGCAACCAAGAGGCGAGAGAACAUAGGUGUCAAGCAAGUGUCGAGUGAUCGUCACAUGUACAGCUAGGUUGAGGCUCCAGAGACCUAGCACUGUUGCUGCGUGUGAUUCCGACAGACAAUGUGGUGGGUGAUGGACUUCCGCACAAACAAGGAGAAUACGGAGAACCCGGUGGAUAAUACAGAGUGGCGAUGAGGCAAUACACGACGAGGGAUAAACACGGCGCGUAGAAAGUGCGGUCGCUGAUACGGCCGGUCUGGUCAGUCGGUUGUAACCACAAUAUCGAGAAAGGAAACAGCAAUUCAGGUAGAAAUGGCGGCGGGGCCAGCAAGACUUUGUUGUCGUCGAAGCUAUUAGCCACCCGAGAUGGAGUGGCUCGAUGUGUUGGAGCGACUCCGACCGUCGAAGGCGACGGUUUCAAUGUUGAGGCUAGAGUAUUGACUGAUGACGCGUAUGGCGCUAAGAAAGGUGAACAGUUCAGCCGGUAGGUGAGCCUCAAGCUAUAGAACCUGAUAGUACUGCGCUCAACUUGAAAUAAUUAUUGUGCUAUAUCGCGG